GAGAGUUUAAGAAAAAACUUCAAACCACCAAAGAUGAUGCUGAAACUAUAUUCCCUGCUUAUCCUAAUACUGGAUCUGGUGACACUGUCAUUUAAAAUAUUUUUUUCUAUUAUAAUUGCAUUAUAUAGAAUAAUUAGACCUCCUCCAUUGAAAAAUCUUAAUGGCGAAGUUGCAAUGGUUGUUGGAGCAGGUCGAGGCAUAGGUAGAGAAUUGGCAAUUCAUUUGUGUAAACUUCGUGUUAAAGUUGCUUGUAUCGACAUCAACAGAGAAACUUGCGAUACUACUGUACACUUGGCUCUAUCUAGAUCAGUAGGGAUUGCUAGAAUGUAUAUUUGCAAUAUAACAGAUAAGAAUGAAGUAGCUCAUGUAGUGGAUAUUAUUCAAUCAGAAUUGGGUAAAGUUACAAUGCUUUUCCAUUGCUGCGGUAUACCAAGUCCUAAAGUAUUACUUCAGGAUCAACAGAAUCAACCUGAAAUAAGACAUACAAUUGAUCUGACGAUUUUAAGUCAUUUCUGGUUAUUGGAUACGGUUUUACCAUCUAUGGAAUGUGCUGGUAAAGGACAUAUAGUAGUUCUGUCAUCAGUGGCUGGCCUUUCUGGUACUACCACAGGAGGAAGCAGAAUUCCUUUAUCCGCUGCACAAUUUGCAGUUCAAGGAUUAGCUAAAUCGUUACAAACUGAAUUCAGACAUUCAAAUAGUAAUAUUAGAAUUACUCUAGUUCAUGUUUAUCCAUUCAUUGUGGGCGCAGAAGUAAAGAAUGAUAUUCGUUUUAGAAUACCGAGUUACUUUGGCACAAUGCCUGCCAGAGAAGCAGCUAAACAAAUUUUAGAUGGAGUUCGUCGGAAUUAUGUGGAAUUUAGUGUGCCUGGAUAUAUUCUUUACUUAGGCAAUAUUUCUAGGUAAAUUGAACGUUAAUAUCACCAAGCCUAUAAAAUCUUGUUUAUAAUUAAUAUUUUACACUUUUAGAAUAUUUCCAAAGGAAGUAUCAUUUAUGGUGCGUGAUUUGCUAGACACUGGUGUUGAUUUUGGGUAAUAUUUAAUUUUCUCAAUCAAGUACGAGAAUAUAUUUUUAUUAUAACAUUUUUACAAUAUUAGCUAUAAUAUACGUUGCAAGAUAUUGCGUAAGGAAUUGUUUAUUAUUUUUAUAAUGAGAAAUGAAUAUUUUAUUUAGUUUUCGUAUAUAA